AGUUAUAGACCGCUAUAUACAUGUAUUUUAAUGUGUUAUAAUGCCUGCGAUGGGUAAAAAACAGUAGCGAAUGUGGACAUGACGGUAUAGUUAUGGAGCUUUUGAGCAAGAGGAAUUCGGCGAUAAGAAUAGCGGAUUUGGCAGCGACUCAACCCCUUCCUCAUCAGAAUAUGACAGGCUUCCCGGGAAUAGGGGGGCAUCACCCUCACUCCCACCAUGCCCACUUCCACCCUGGGGAGAUGGGCAACGACCCUGGAGUGGCUCUCACUCCAUUUGGACCAGAGCACAUGGCACAGACAAAUGCUCUCAAACUUAGCCCAUCGCAGCACAUUCAAAGCCAUCCCGAAGCCCAGACCGCGGCAUCUUUUCCGUCUUCUCAGACCACAGUUGGUUUCCCCGUGGCUCACCCCCACUCAGGCUACGCAAGCAGCAGGGACUUCAUCCUCAGGAGAGAACUCUCAGCCUCUGCUAUGCAUGCACUUGGCGACCAGCAUAGUUCCGCCUCCUCCCCUCAUCACCAUGGCAUGUUCAUUUCCCCAACAGGUGCUUACGGGCACACGGAAGGUGGUGCCCAUCCACUUUUCACGGGACUUCAUGAACAGACGGCCCCAGGUACCCACCACCAUGCUCUUAACGGACAGAUGCGACUGGGUCUACCAGGGGACAUUUACGGCAGACCAGAGCACUUCGGACACAGGCCCGAACACUAUGGGCCAUCUUCUAUACACGGCUACAACUCCAUGAACUUAAAUGUGAACCUAGCUUCAGCCCCUCAUGGAGCAACGGGAGCGUUUUUGAGGUACAUGAGGCAGCCCAUCAAACAAGAGCUCAUCUGCAAAUGGAUUGACCAGGAGCAAACGUCCAAGAAACCAUGCUCGAAAACUUUUAGCACCAUGCACGAACUGGUAAACCACGUCACAGUGGAGCACGUUGGCGGAACUGAGCAGAGCAACCAUAUCUGCUUUUGGGAGGAAUGUCCCCGCGAGGGCAAAGCGUUUAAGGCAAAGUACAAACUGAUCAAUCAUAUUCGAGUACACACCGGAGAGAAACCGUUUCCUUGCCCCUUUCCUGGCUGUGGAAAAGUCUUCGCCCGCUCGGAAAACCUGAAGAUUCACAAGAGGACUCACACAGGUGAGAAGCCCUUCAAAUGUGAGUUUGACGGUUGUGAUCGAAAAUUCGCCAACAGCAGUGACAGGAAGAAGCAUUCUCACGUACACACGAGCGAUAAGCCGUACUAUUGCAAAGUGCGCGGAUGUGACAAGUCCUACACACACCCAAGUUCUCUCCGCAAACACAUGAAGGUGCACUGCAAGUCUCCUCCGCCUCCCUCAGCUAGUUCUGCCACUGCUUAUCAUUCCUCUUCUGCGGCGCUCGGUGAUGCGCUUGUACCUUCCACAGAAACGCAGCGGACCCGAACAACCAACCUCUCACCACAGGUCACCAACCUCAACGAGUGGUACGUGUGCCAGGGCAGUGCUGUCCCUAACAAUCUUCACACCCCCUCCAGCGACAUGCCAACCUCCGACUCAGACGACGAGGACUCUUUUAGACAUUCUGACCCAAGGACAAUGCUCUGA